AGAGGAAAUAUAUCUAGUGGCUCUAAUUACCACCACUGAGCUUUGCCUUUGUCCAAUUCUAAUAUAGGAUUAUAUUAAGAUAAUUAUAAUUAGUCCAAAAUGCUUAAAUCAAAUUUAUAGCAGUACAUCCUCCUGGACGGACUUGGCCGACAGCAACAAUCUACCUUCUAAUUCAACUUCCACAAGAGAACAUUCAAAGGCACACGUUUGGACGUCUCACUUGCGGGCAUCUGAUAGAGGAAAUUAAUGCAAGACGUGCUACCAGUGCCAUUAAGUCCCAAAGGUCAACCCUUGAUGCGUAGACGCAUCUUCCUCCAUUGGCACACAUCUCUUCGUCUCGAAGCAGGAGGACGAGGUGGUGGCGUGUGACAAUGUCUUCGUCAGGGUAUAACAACAGCUUGCUGCUGCAUUUCCUAGUCAGCUAGGGCAUCAAUACAUCAUGACAACAGUCCACUGUACACUUUGAGGAAGACAUCUUUGUCCAGUAACUUAGCCUUGCCAAUCCUUCAUCUUGUUUGACUUUUAAGUUUGACCACUAAUCUUGGAAACACAUCAGAUAGUGCUAAAACAUCCUCUUAUUCUAAGUGCAAUCGUAUUUCAUAAUAAUGCAGUCCAUUGUAGGUCCUGUUGGAAUCAAAAUUCUAUGGUUUUUGAUGAGCAAUCUAAACAGACUUUGGAGUCCCCGUUGCCCAAAAGUCAACCUUGACGACAAAGCUUCAAUUUCUUAUCAUGUACAGAAAUCAUACAUGCAAAUAACGGGUGCAUUAUUAAUGGCAAAUCACAUGUUUGACUGCUGAAUCAGUCUUCCCACCUGCCCUCUUCCGGGCAUUCACUCCCCGGUCAACGUUAUUGACUGACUGUAGACUAAACACGCAGCUGAAACUUCUGAUGGCCUCAGUAUCCUGUCUCCUCCGACCAUGGCUUCCUUCUCCUCCUCCUCUGCUCCUACUAUUCUGCGGCUCUUCCUCUUACUACUCUUCUCAGUAUCUGCACCUCUCCUAACCGUUGCCGGCUCUGUCGCCCACGAGUUCGUCUACCCCAACUUCACCGCCUCCUACCUCCAUUUCGUCGACAACUCCGGCGUGUUCCUCUCCUCCUCCGCUUUCUCCGCUGGCUUUCACAACCCCGGUGGACAGAGCUCCCGCUACUACCUCUCCGUAAUCCACGCCCCGUCCUUAACCGUCGUCUGGACCGCCAACCCCGCCGCCCCUGUCCCUCCCUCCACCAACCUCGUCCUCGCCCCCGCCGGCCUCACCCUCUCUCUGCCCGACGGCUCUCUCGCUUGGUCCACCCCGCGCCUCGCAGCCCCUGUCGUCGCCCUCCAGCUCCUCUCUUCCGGCGAGUUCCGCCUCCUUGACGCCGCCAACGCUUCCCUCUGGUCCUCCUUCGACCACCCCACCGACACCCUCCUCCCGUCCCAGCUCCUCCCUGCCUCCGCCUCUCUCUCCUCCGCUGUCUCCGACAACGACCCCUCCCCUGGAAACUACCGCCUCCUCAUCACCCCCGGCGACGCCCUCCUGCGAUGGACCGUGAUCUCGCAGAACUACUGGUCCCUCUCCACUGACGUCCGCUUCACCAAAGACUCCAACUUGGAGGUCGGUUACAUGGCCGUAAACGCCACCGGGCUCUACCUCCUUGCCGGCGAUAGGCAAACAACCGUCUUCAGGAUGAUCUCCCCGCCGCCGCAUUCGUCGUCCCCCGACGAGUUCCGCAUCGCGAAGCUAGACCCCAGCGGCAAGUUUCGGAUCCUGAGCUUCGACACCGACUUCGUAGCGCCGAGCAACGACUGCGACCUCCCUUCCGUUUGUGGCUCGCUGGGCCUCUGCUUCCCCAUCGCCAAUAACUCCAUCUGUAGAUGCCCGGCCUCGUUCGGGGCUUCGCUGGCCGGCGGGUGCUCCCCGGCCGACGGCUCCAUUUUGGCGAACUCCUCUUGUCCCGAUGAGGACAACAGUGGCUCGGUCUCCUACAUUAGCUUGGGUAGCCAAAUCGACUACUUUGGGACCAAAUUCUCGACGCCUAUCACUGCCGGAGCUAACAUUUCCGCAUGCAGCGACCUCUGUUCUCGGAAUUGCUCCUGUCUCGGCUUCUUCUACAAUAACUCAUCAAAGUCGUGCUACAUCCUCGAGCACCAGAUAGGUUCUCUCUUCAUCGUGGACAACGGCAGCGGCGACACCUCCACCGCCGGUUACAUCAAGACGCUCAGUCAGCCAUCGCGGCAGCCGCCUUCGAGCGGUUCUCAGUCUUCGGCCCGUCUCCUCGUCGUUUUACUGCCAACUACGGCUACAGUUCUUCUGGUGAUCUCCAUCUGCCUUGUAUGUUACGCAAUGCGGAGGAGGAACAAACGUCAAACGACUGCAGAAAUUUCUCAUGAAGAGGCCGGGAAGGAGGACGAGAUCGCGAUCCCCGGUCUGCCGACCAGGUACACCUACGCUGAGCUCGAGGCCGCCACCGAUAACUUCCAGACACGGAUCGGCUCCGGUGGUUUCGGCUCCGUAUACAAAGGACAGCUCCAGGACAAGUCGUUCGUCGCCGUCAAAAAGAUCAACGCCGUCAGCGUGCAGGGGAGGAGGGAAUUCUGCACGGAGAUCGCCGUCAUCGGCAACAUCCACCACGUCAAUCUCGUGCGGCUGCGGGGGUUCUGCGCCCAGGGCCAGUCGCGGCUGCUCGUCUACGAAUACAUGAACCGCUUCUCGCUCGACCGCGCCCUGUUCGGCCACAGCCUGGUGCUAGAGUGGCGGGAGAGGCUCCAGAUCGCUGUCGGGGCGGCGCGGGGCCUCGCAUACCUCCACACAGGCUGCGAGCACAAGAUCAUUCAUUGCGACGUGAAGCCGGAGAACAUACUUCUUCAUGAUCACAACCAAGUGAAGAUUGCGGACUUCGGAUUGGCCAAGCUGAUGAGCCCGGAGCAGUCGGGGCUCUUCACCACAAUGAGAGGGACAAGGGGCUACCUGGCGCCGGAAUGGCUAACGAACUCCGCCAUCACCGACAAGGCGGACGUGUACAGCUUCGGAAUGGUGCUGCUGGAGAUCGUGAGAGGGCGGAAGAACCGCAAGGAACAGCUCUGGACAGAGCCGAGCGGUUCGUGUGGCUCGUCCACGCCGGAGACGUACUUCCCGAUGGUGGCACUAGAGAUGCACGGGAGGGGGACGUACGAGGAUUUGGCCGACCCGAGGCUGGAAGGGAGGGUGAACGAGCCGGAAUUGGAGAGGGUAGUGAAGGUGGCGCUGUGCUGUCUGCACCGAGAGCCGGCGCAGAGGCCGAGCAUGACGAAGGUGGCCGCGAUGCUGGAGGGAACGAUGCUGGUCCCCCAUCCGAGGUUGGAGUCCCUCGACUUCUUGAGGUCGUACGGGAGGGGAUUCGGGGAUCCGAAUGCGAGGAGAGGGUGUGGGCCGAACUCCACAAGCGCCGGCAGCGGGUCCUCUGCGUCGCCGCUGCUCUCUUACGUGUCGUCACAGGAGGUGUCGGGACCGAGAUAGCACGCAAACUGUGGAAGCCAUAUCCUAUCCUACCUUCGCGAUCACGGAUCACAAUAUAGAUUUUAAGCAUUAUGUAGUUAUCACAUCUUGAAUUUAUUAUAAAUAUUUUAUUAUAAUUUA